AUGCUACAUGUGAGGCAUCCCACGCUCUUCGAGCUGGAUCGUGUCAUUGAGGCCAACAACAGCCAGAAACGACGCCAGCCAGUGUGCCUCAUGACUAAGUCUGAACGCUUUCCACCGAUGACGAAAAGGCCCAAAGACUUGUCUCCUGGGCAGUACAAGACGGACUGA